AUGAGCCUAUAUACCGACACGACGCAAUCCAUCGACCAACAGGGGAAAGUUAAUGCGACUCCUCGGUUGACGAGCAGGACGGGCAACGAAAGCGAUGCAACACCACGGGUCGACGCUCAGCUGGACACCAAUCAAAAAGACGACGGAACCAGGAAGAGAUCAUUAUUCAGUUUUGGCAAGAAGAAGAAGGAACAGCUCGGCGCAUCUGAGAAGGCUACUGCUGGCACCAUCCCACCCGCUCUACGUAGCGAAACGUCAAACAUGUCCACAACCACCACUCGAUCAGCGGUGUCUACAGCCCCUACCGACCAAGCAUUCGCCGCCCCAGUCUCUCCUGGUCGGGGUCUCUCCAGCUCGCCGAGGUUAGCAUCUCCAGCUGGCUCGCAGAUUUUUGAGCGUGACGUCGAUACCAUGGAGAUCCUUCCGCAGUCCCCCGCCAAUGCUGCCAUUCCCUCGCAUAUUCGAACCGAGAACCACAUUCCGCCCGUUCUCGAUGCUUCGUCGGAAGCCAUCACCGAUACCCGCCUUGACCCUGAUAGUGUCGAGAUCAUCACGCAUGCCCAACACCUGCCUGCCUCGGUCACGGUAACUGGCGGUCCUCAGUCCACUCAGCCCUCGCUGGAGCAGCUGGCGGCAUCUUGGGCGGAAGAGUUCGGAUCUACCGGGGACCGGGAGCUAGACGGCGCCUCAAUCUACAAUCCUCUCGACAAUGCCGAUGUUCGCAGACUGAGCUUCAUCUCCUUUGCGGACGUGGUACAAGCCGAGCACGCGGGUGCGCCCAAUGCCUCGCGGGACUCUGUCACCAUCGCCGGACUCACUUCCCUCUCUGCCAAUCGUUCGCCGUCGCCUGUCUUGUCGCCCAUGUCAUCGCCAGGCGAGGUCGGUACUUCGCCCCCCACUAGCAACCCCGGCUCAAUCAAAGGGUUCGAAUUGUCGCCCAAACGAAAGCCAGUCGGCAGCCCCAUCCCGUCUCAGCACGCUGGCAACGGCGACCUCAAUGUUGAAACCAUGACGCAGGCACUCCGGCGCACCGCGAGCAGUGACCUGAGCGGCGCUCGCAGCCUUCCGAUUAGUCCGAUAGAAGGACCCUCACGAUGA